CGACCGGACAACUGCCGAAGAAGAAACUCGGCGGUGCCAACAGAGAAGGCUGGCAGCAGAUAGAAGGCCCCUUCAUUUUGAACAGAAGAAGAUGGCGCAUGAAGUAGCUGACCCCCCCAGUGGCCCGCUGGAUAUCUACAGGAAAAAGGCCUCUUUCAACUGGAAGGAUAUGCUUUACUUCAUAGAGGACGAGAACGUGCGGACACUCAAGCACCAUGUGUUUAAAACACUGGAGAAUGAUCCUCUGUUUGCCCGCCAGCCCGGUGAAGAUCUCCCCGUCGAGAAAAUGAGAGAACUGACGUUCCUCAGGGUGAAGCAGCUCUUCCGCUACAACUUCAUUAGCGUAGAGGAUGUGAUGGCCGACCCCUGGAAGACUGUGAUCCUCAGCGAUAGUCUGGGCAUGUAUGACUGGGCCCUUGCAGCGAAGUACUUUCUCAACCAAGGGAUGUUUGGGGCGACCAUUGCUAGCUCAGGAUCAGGGAAACACAGCAAAUAUGUUGAAAACACUGAAGACAUGACGACGUUUGGAUGCUUUGCGCUGACUGAACUGAGCCAUGGCAGCAACACCAGAGCCAUGAGGACCACAGCAACAUAUGACCCCUCCACACAGGAGUUUGUGAUCAACUCUCCAGACUUUGAGGCUGCCAAAUUCUGGGUGGGGAACCUGGGUAAGAAUGCAACCCACGCUGUGGUGUUUGCUCAGCUCUACACGCCUGACCAGGUGUGCCACGGCCUGCACUCCUUCAUCGUCCCGGUGAGAGAUCCCAGGACCCUGCUGGCUCUGCCUGGUGUGCUUGUUGGAGACAUGGGCAAGAAACUGGGCCAGAAUGGACUGGAUAAUGGGUUUGCUAUGUUUCAUAAUGUGAGGAUUCCUCGGGAGAAUCUACUGAAUAAGACUGGAGAUGUCACUCCUGAAGGACGCUAUGUUACCCCAUUCAAGAACCCUGACAAGCGUUUUGGGGAGUCUCUGGGUGCUCUGUCAGGUGGCAGGGUGUCCAUCACCAGGAUGGCUCUGGUCAACCUGAAGCUGGCUUUGAUUGUGGCCAUCCGCUUCUCUGCCACCAGGAGACAGUUUGGACCCAAAGACGCAGAGGAGAUUCCUGUUCUGGAGUAUCAGUUACAGCAAUGGCGUCUGAUCCCGUACCUGGCAGCAGCAUAUGCUCUUGAGCACUUUUCCAAAUCCAUCUUCAUGAACUUUGUUGAGUUCCAGAUUGGACAGAUGAUAAAGGACAAGAGUGACAGACAAGCAGAGAUGGGCAGAGAGAUUCAUGCCAUAGGCUGUGCCAGUAAACCACUGGGCUCGUGGACCGCUCAGAGGGGAAUCCAGGAGUGCAGGGAGGCCUGCGGUGGACAUGGAUACCUGGCCAUGAACCGGCUGGGUGAUCUGCGUAGUGACAAUGAUCCAAACUGCACAUAUGAAGGAGACAACAAUGUCUUGCUGCAACAGACCAGCAACUACCUGCUCAGCUGGCUCCACGCCAAACACCAUGAUGGUGUGCGGAUUGUGUCUCCUCUUCACACUGUGGAUUUCCUAGAUGAUUACCACAAGACCCUGGAGAGCAAGUUUACAGCAACAACGGUGGAACAGUGUAUGGACUCCGCAGUGCCGGUGGCAGCCUACAAGUGGCUGGUGUGCUUCCUGCUGGAGGAGAGCCAGAAGAGACUUGAACAGCAGAGGGCUUCAGGAAAGGAUGAGUUCGAGGCCCGUAACAACAGCCAGGUUUACUAUUGCCGUUCCCUGGCUUUGGCCUACAUUGAAUACAACUGCCUCCAGAGAUUUCACAACCUGACUACUGAUCAGGACACACCAGCUGGUCUCAGACCUGUACUAAGCAAGCUGUGUGCCCUGUAUGGGCUGUGGAGCCUCAGCAGCCACAUGGCCAUACUGUACCAGGGUAACUACAUGAGUGGAGGGAAGCCUGCAGAGUUAGUCCAAACAGCCAUUCUCAUUCUCUGCUCCCAGCUGAAGGAUGAUGCAGUAGCAUUGGUGGAUGUUUUUGCACCUCCUGACUUCAUUCUCAACUCACCUAUUGGCAAUGCUGAUGGACAGCUUUACAAGAACCUGUGGUCAACGGUGAUGCAGGGUAGCCAGGUGCUGGAGCGGCCAUCCUGGUGGAAAGACUUCUGCUCAGACAAGCCUGUGGUCGGAUCCCUCCGUCCAAAACUCUAGAACCCAGACGCACUCUCAGCCACCACCCUGGACGUGGACAACUACAACAACUUCCAACUAUAUAAUGGACAAUGUAAUGUCCAUAUGUACAGGAGUGCUUGCCAAAAACCCCACAGUGCAACACUGCACCUGUCAGUUAAGGCACAAAGUGAAGAUAAAUCCAGAAUCCAAGAUAAAGUGUCCAGAAUCUUAUAUGCACCCUGCCAAGUGUGUAUUAUGUAGGGAAUAGGAAAUGGGUGGUUUUGGACACAGUCCUGGACAAAACCAAAAACCCUGAAAUUCUUACAAUCCUACAAAUCCUGUACACUCUUAAAAAGUAGUCAAGAACCCUUCCAUCCUAACACACAGUCACACUGAUGGAGAUAAUGCCCUGUCACUGCUCUCUCAUUGGCUGACGUUAACAGCCAGAGAGCAGCGGUGACACAUCACCAAAAACCUUAAACACCAACAGCUCAUUUGUCUUGAAUGCACUACUAAACAAACUUCCGCCAGUGAAAGCUGAGUUGCAGCUGUAGCUGACAAACUAAUUAGCUAGUAGAACAGCUGCUGAACUGCUUAAAAACUUACUUGCAAAUGACAUUGUUCAGUUUAGAGGUUAAAUGAUGUGAUCCUUAUGCUUCAACACCACUGCUAACAUCACAGUCUGGCCUACAGCUACCAGCACACAUGUCUGAGGAAAUCUGGAUACUGCGUUUCAUUCCAAUGUACUCUCAGGGACUAACCAGGCACAUGCUCCAAAAAAGUCUUUCAGACUUGCUGAGCCAGCUGACUAAAGGGCUCCCUGCACACAUGAAUGGCACAAAAAUAAUUUACUCAUACAGUUUUUGUGAAACAGUUUUGGUUUUUUUUUCUGUUGGGAUGACUUUUGAGAUUUUAGUUAGACUUUGAAUAAUCUUUUCUUGUAUCUUACCACGCCAUAGUUAGAGGUCCUGGAUAUGAUGGAUUAAUUUUGUAAUUAUACAUUUACAAAAGAAAUGAUAUAGUGAUCAAAAAAGUGCAGGAUAUCUGUUUCACUGUAAACGUUUGUGUGCCUGACAGUCACUAACAUUGUUCCAUAGCAUGUAAACUCUGAUUCUGUGAAUUAUGUAUGUGAAUCAUAACCUUGCCUUUUUUUUUGUUUCACAAACAGCAUUAAGGCUUUUUUUUAAAUAGAAUUCCUGUGCAGUUACGUUUCAGUUAGAUUUUAAAUUCAUCUUUAUGGCCAUAUGAAAUACCACUACAAGUAAGCCAAGGACUAACACAAUGUAAUUUUGCAGUGUUAACAUUGUGAAGUCCAAAUGAUCUUGAAUGUAUAUGAUCUAUUCAUGGUCAAUAAGAUUUUGAGCUUUUGAAAAGAUUAAAAAUAAUUGCCUGUCGUUGUGUAUUGCUUAUAUGUAGUAAAG